AUGCUCGAGGACGAUCUGGAUGUGUAUGGCGAAGCGGACCAUAGUCCGGAUCCUUACUACGCUGCAGGGGGGGCUGUGCAGAUGCAGCAAAUCAACGAAUACGGAAACCUCGAUCGAUCGAACACGAUGGGCAGCCAAGGGUCACUGGCUUUGCCUACCUUGGCCAGGAACGGCACGCUCGGCACACCGCGGCCACCUUCGGGCCUUAUCCAACACGUCGCGUACCAACAGCAACACCAGCAGCAACACCACAUGAUGGCUCCCACCAACUUUGGUCCCGGUCAAGUCUUGCCUUCGAUGCCACCCCCGAUCGCGUACCCUACCGGACAGGCCGCAGGAACAGGAUUGAACUAUGCCAACUCGAUGUCGGGAUUAUCGCGCUCAGAGUCGGGAGGAGCGUUCGGUUCUGGUCCUUACCGCGCGCCUUCGAACGAUCGUCAAGUGUGGCAACCAGCGGGUCUUGAUCGUCAAGGCUCGAUCAUCUCGGUCUAUUCGACCCGAUCGGACCAACCUCAUGCUGGUGCACCGAAUGGAUACUCCUCGCACGGAGCAGGAGGUGUUAGCGACGAGCAAGCUCAACGCUUAUCUUUGGUCAGGGAAGAACACGAAUCCGAUACGCAGUCCUUGUCCUACCCUAUCGUUCGAUCGGGAACGCCGACCAAUUCGAACGUGCAGCAGACCUUCUUCUCGCAUCGUCACGAGGACUCGUUCGACGGCGCGAGCUCGAUGAAUGGAACGACUGGAACGGUGCUCACGAGUCUACAUGGUUACGAGAGUUGGACGGGGUCCCGACCGGCUCCAAGUGAUGGGGGACCCACGAGACGCUUGAGCGUCGUGAACGGGGGACUAAAUGAUUUCGAUCGUGAGGAGGGAGAAGGAUACCACGGAGCUUAUAGGCGAUAA